AUGUUGACACUAGCUCGUUGCACUGGUGCUUUAUUCCGGUCGUCUGGCGUUCGUUGUGCUUCAGUAGUUCCUGCAACUCCCUCGUCCACACCCGCCGAGCGUGGUAACAUUCAGGAUUUACUUAGCGGGAAUGCUACAGCACGCAACGGUGUCGAGUACGUCGUCUCUCGUGUGGACGAUCUGGUGAAUUGGGGUCGUAAGAGCUCACUGUGGCCGAUGACUUUUGGUCUAGCCUGCUGCGCCGUUGAAAUGAUGCACUCCGCUGGUUCGCGUUACGAUUUUGAGCGUAUGGGAAUGGUAUUUCGUGCCUCGCCCCGUCAAACAGACGUAAUGAUCGUAGCCGGCACAUUGACUAAUAAAAUGGCACCUGCUCUUCGCCGCGUUUACGACCAGAUGCCUGAGCCUCGCUAUGUCGUGUCUAUGGGUAGCUGUGCUAAUGGUGGUGGCUACUAUCACUACUCGUAUGCUGUGGUUCGUGGUGUAGACCGCAUCGUUCCUGUGGACAUUUACGUGCCUGGUUGCCCACCUACUGCCGAAGCGCUGUUGUUCGGAUUGAUGCAGUUGCAGAAAAAAGUUAAAGGCAACAAGUCGUUGUUACUAAAGCUGAGGAAGUAA